AUUUCCUUACCCAUGGUGGUCGCAGCGCAGCAUGAGUUUGUUUACGAUCCCGCAUCUCAACCACCGCUCGCUGUGUGUAUAUAUAGACCUGUGAUCUUGACUGGACUGACCUCACGUAACAAUGUCAAACAACAAGCGAAUACUCUAUGUUGGUGGAUUGGCUGAUGAAGUCACCGAGGAUGUGCUUCGAUCAGCCUUUGUUCCUUUUGGUGAAGUGGUGGAUAUACAGAUCCCUCUCGACUAUGAAACAGAGAAACAUCGUGGAUUUGCCUUCAUUGAAUUUGAGCUUCCAGAAGAUGCAGCUGCUGCAAUUGAUAACAUGAAUGAAAGCGAGUUGUUUGGACGCACCAUACGAGUUAAUUUAGCCAAGCCUCAGAAGGCAAAGGAAGGAUCUUCUCGUGCUGUAUGGGCUGAUGAUGAGUGGUUGAAAAAAUAUGCUGGUGCAACUCUUGAAGGUCAGGAAGGUGCUGAAGAAGGAACUUCUGAAGGAACUAAGCGAUCUGCAGAGGAGAGUGAAGAAGAACCAAAAACCAAAAAGAAAAAGACAAAUCCACAGGUCUACUUUGAUAUUAAAAUUGGCAAAACACUUGUGGGAAGAAUAGUAAUGCAAUUACGAGCAGAUGUUGUACCCAAAACUGUUGAGAAUUUCCGUUGCCUUUGUACACAUGAGAAAGGGUAUGGUUACCAGGGGUCAACGUUCCAUCGCAUCAUCCCAGGUUUCAUGUGUCAAGGGGGAGAUUUUACCAACCAUAACGGCACAGGAGGACGGUCUAUAUAUGGCUCUAAGUUUGAAGAUGAGAAUUUCAAACUAAGGCAUACAGGUCCUGGAAUACUUUCAAUGGCUAAUUCUGGGCCUAACAGCAAUGGAUCUCAGUUCUUUCUAACCACUGAGCGGACAGAGUGGCUUGAUAAUAAACACGUUGUCUUUGGUCAAGUUGUCAGUGGUAUGGAUGUUAUCAGAAAAAUGGAGAAAUGUGGCUCCAAGUCAGGUAAGCCUUCUGAGAAGGUUGUGAUCUCCAACUGCGGUGAACUUGUGUGAAUACUCUGGGGAGAACGAACUUCUUUGUAAAUUUUUCCACAAUGAAGUGCAAGAUGAAUGUUUAAUAAAUCACUUUGAAAAAUAUUUCUAUUGAGUAACCAAUUCUGUUUGGAGUGUUUGGAUGCAUGGUUAUUGUGUAUUGAAGGGUUGUUUUCAAUUUUAUGUGCUUUAUUCAGAACAAAGUACAUUGAUCACUCAAAAUGAUUUAAAAUGUGCCUUUUAUCCAAGACAUAAAUCUCCGAUAACUUUAAUGCAAGGAAUUCUGGGUCUAAGUGUGCUGUUAAGUGAUGAGUUUCCUAGUAGUUUGUUAUUAAACUUCUUUAGAUUUCAAGAUCCCUACAGAAGUGUUAUGGACUGUUAUAUUGGUAUUCUGCUUUGGAGUUUUGAAUUGUAUUCUUUUCUUGGCAAGAAAGUCAGUGUUCCCAAAUCUGAUAAUUGAAACAAAGGUGUCACAUAAAAACUUGUAUUUGCACUUCCUAAUUAGACAUAUGAGAUGGCAGUUUAAGAGUAAUUUCAUUGUGUUUUAAUCUUAUUUACAAAGAAAGUAAUGGAAGUUUUAUUAUAAAGGACUAUAAAUUAUGUUUGGUUUAAUCACGUUGGUCACAGAUGUAAUUUGAUGAGAACAGCAAUGAUCAUCUGAAUACUGAAUCUAUCAGUAGGCAUUAAAGCCUUGAUAAUACUAGAACUGUUUUAAGUUCUUUCACAACUUGUUUGUAUAUGCAUGCAUUGUGUGUAUAUGCUCACAUUAUGUGUAAAUGUACAGAGACUUGUAAAGUAUAUUAUCUGCUAGUUGAUUUUUUUCUAAAUCUGCAGUUAUACAAGUGCCAAGCAUAUUUCACUGUUUGAUGUGUAUAUUUAUACACUUUAAGUGUAUUUGUAUAAUAAAUGGAAUGAGUAUA